AAAAAAAAAAAACAAAUACUUCUUCUCAUGGCAACCAUAACACCCAGAGAUGAAUCUGAUUACGAUAGUAGCUCUUCCUCCAUCACCAUACCAGACUCUAGCCGGAGCUGGAUGAGUAACCUCAGCUUCGGCAGCCGCCGGAGCUCCGUCUCCGUAGCCUCUUCUCUAGCUGAAUCAUCCUUCUCCACUCCCUAUAAGCCACACAAAGCUAACCAAGCCGCAUGGCAAGCCAUCAAGCGCAUACAAAUGGCUAACGGUCGAGUUGGGCUCGACCAUUUUCGGCUGCUUCGACGAUUAGGCAGCGGCGAUUUAGGGAACGUGUAUCUGUGCCAAAUAAGGAACCCAGUAGUGGGUAUGGGUCAGUGUUUUUAUGCGAUGAAAGUUGUUGAUAAAGAAGCACUUGUUAUCAGGAAUAAAUUGCAGAGAGCUGAAAUGGAGAAGGAAAUUCUGGGUAUGCUUGAUCAUCCGUUUUUGCCUAGUUUGUAUGCUGAAUUUGAUGCUUCUCAUUAUUCUUGCUUGGUCAUGGAGUUUUGUCCUGGUGGCGAUUUAUAUGCUGCUCGACAACGUCAGCCUGGUAGACGCUUCAGCAUUUCAUCUGCUAAGUUUUAUGGCGCUGAGACACUUUUAGCCCUAGAGUAUCUACACAUGAUGGGGAUUGUUUACAGAGACUUAAAACCAGAAAAUGUUCUCGUAAGAGAAGAUGGUCAUAUCAUGCUUUCAGAUUUCGAUCUUUGUCUUAAAUGUGACGUCGUCCCACAAGUUUUAAAAUCCAAACAACCCAACUCAUCAUUACAACAACCUAUUGAUCAAGAUGACCACACAAAUAUUCAAUCUUGUUUCAUUACACCAUCUUGUUCCACACCAAUUCAGCCCGUUCUUUCUUGUUUCUCAUCUUCAAACAGAAAAUUCAAGAAAUCUAAAAAAGUCGCAACAAUCACAGAACGAGCCGACACUAAUAAUCAUAAUCAAGAUCAAGAUCAAGAUCAUCAUCAAAUUCAAGAAUUAGUAGCGGAACCGAUAAACGCGAGAUCAAAGUCAUUUGUGGGAACACAUGAAUAUUUAGCACCAGAAGUGAUAUCAGGACAAGGACAUGGAAGUGCAGUGGAUUGGUGGACAUUAGGUGUGUUCUUGUACGAGAUGUUAUACGGAAGAACGCCGUUUAAAGGCGAGAACAAUGAGAAAACGUUGAUUAACAUUCUUAAACAGCCGUUAACUUUUCCAAGAAUUGCUGUUAAUAGCAGCAAAGAGUAUGAAGAAAUGGUGAAAAUUCAAGAUCUUAUAAGCAAACUUCUUGUCAAGAAUCCAAAGAAAAGAAUUGGAAAUUUAAAGGGUUCAGUUGAAAUCAAGAGACAUGAGUUUUUUAAAGGGGUAAAUUGGGCUUUGAUUAGGUCAGUUAGACCACCAGAAGUUCCCAAUGAGAGUAUUAAGAUUAGGAAUAGCAUUAAUGGUAACAAUAUUAGUACUAUUAGAACUCAAAUACCAAAGUUGAGUAAGAAAGAAAGAGAAGCACCUUAUCAGAUUCCUCAGCAUCACUUUGAGUAUUUCUAAAUUAGACAAAUUGUAAAUAAAAAUAGGAUUAGGUAAAUCAGGAAGCAAUGAUGUCAAUGUAUGACAUCAAAGAUUUAGUUGUUUUAUUAUAUGUUUUCCCUACUAAAUAUAUAUCUAAUGAAAGUACUAGAUUUUACUGUUUA